AUAGUGUUGAUUUUACGGGUGAAAAAUUAGAGUAUUUUUAAUAGGACAAUUUAAUUCAGAUUAAAGUAUGCCAAACAAAAUAUCGUGGCUACAGAACACAACAUUACUACGAUCAAUGUAUGGAAUUAUAAAUAAACAGUUAUGAGGGCGAGUUGUGACGUCAAAACCGUAUAAAGACAAGAUCAAUAUGAUUGUUUCUGCUGAAAAAGAAAGACAGAAAGCAUUAUCGGAUCUUGGUUGCUAUGGAUUGCUGUUUGCAAUUUGCUUUAUUAUAUUGACGAUUUGUGGAAUAAUUCUGGCUAACUUUUUGUCUAAAGAUCCAGAUUGGGAUAUAAGUGCCUGGUACCAAAUUUUCUAUGGCACUUUUACAAUAGCUCUGUGUUCAUUGGCGCUUGCAGUUAUCACAUUUUGUUGCAUCGAUAAACACGAGAAAAACGGUCAACGUGAUGAAGUUAAAAAAUGGGUUAAUCAUUUCGUGAUUGUGUUGUGGAUCUCGUUCGUAGCAAUAUUUCCGUCAUGUGCGUUUCUCGGAGGAUUUAUAGCAGAAUCGAACAUUUUCAGUUGUUCUAGAAAUGUUACAAUUCCGGAAGAUGAGGUUCGACUCAGUCUUUGUUCUAAUGUUUAUAAAUCUUCGACCAUCGCAUGUACAGUUUGCUUUGUAAUAUUUUUCUACUCGAUUGCACAAAGUUGUGCCCAAAGAAGUGCUGAUAAGGGAAAACUUCUCAAAACGUCAACAAAUCGUUCCAAUAAAUUCAAACCACAUAAAAGAACACUUGAGAAUCCAAAAAUCAAACUUGCACCAAUACCAAAACCACCAAAACUGACAAGAAGAUACAGUGCAGACGCAUUGCGUAUACGAAAACUGGACGAACGAAUGACAGAUCAUAAAUACAAUGGUAAAAUGCGUAUACGAAAACCGGAUGAACAAAUGACAGGUCAUAGAAACGCUGGUAAAAUGGCUAAAUUAAAAGCAUUGCCUACACAGCUAAAGUUCAUAAAUCUCGCAAAGAUGAGGAACAAUCAAAUCUCAGAUCAACAGGAAACAAUUUCCACGAUUCAAAGUUCUAAAUCGUCUACAAUUGACGGAAUACCUGUCCGAACGAGCACGUGGUCAUUUUUAAGGCAAAAUUACAAACUAGCACGUGACCUUAAUCAGCCAUAUACUUUUGACGAAGCAGACGAUAACUACGACUUAAAGAAUUUGUAUAACACGUAUGGCGAUGUACAUGAUACAGGGCCGCCGUUGGCUCUAAUGUCAGCCGAACAAUCACAAGCAAUCGAAAACCAUGAUAAUAGAUCAGAUCAACCACCUUUAUAUCGAUACAAAUCUGUAGCCGAGAUACCAGAUGGUACUCCACCGUCUUAUGAAGAGGCCUGUUAUCCCCGUUAUUGAUACAAUGUAUGGAGUCGUAAUCUUGCAGAUAAAGCAAUUAGAGAACAGUCCUGCAUACAUUCAUCAACUAUUUACAUGGCAAAAAGUAGACAGAAAGUCAAUUACAACAGUUAACAUCACGGUGAAUGGAGAAUAUCAAAUAGCUUGAACAAAAUAACUAAUAACUAUUAGUAUGUCAUUUUUUGUUGCAGUUUACAACAACAAAAAUUAUGUUUUUUUUUCAAUACAAAUACCUCUUGAAAAAGUAAUAUGUGUUUCAAAAUGUUAAAUAAAAGUUUUUAUUUUCAAUUUUAAGACAUUUUAAUUGAUCUGGGACUUAACAUUACAAAAUCACGCGUUACGGUGGGUAAGGUUGUCCUGCGAAAGAACGUUCUUUGCAAGUGAUUCGGUCCUGAUGGGUGCUGGUGAUCGAUGAAAAAAUGUAAACAAAGACGAAAAUUAUGAUUUUUAACGUUUUCUCUCAUGAAAAAUAGAAGGAGAUAGUUGAGAUUUUUCAAUUUUGUUUCUUAUGGG